UAUUAGCUUAUAAAGCUACCAGACAACUCCUAUCUCACUCACCCCUCUCUCUCCUCUUCCAAGUUCUAUUCAAUUCAAACAUUGUAUCAUAACACAUCGCUCUCAUUAAACUAUUUGCUUAUACUCUCUCUGCUCCUAACUAUAUUCUCACCAUCUCUAUUUCUCAUUCACUACCCAUAUCAUCUUCUCUCUUUUCUUCCAAGCUCUGCAUACAUACAUACAUACAUACAUACAUACAUAUAUAUAUAUAUAUAUAGAGAGAGAGAGAGAGAGAGAGAGGAUGAAUAGUUGCAGUAGUAGUUCUCAUGGAAACAUGGUAGGUGGACCAUGUACAUGUGGUGUGUUUCACACUCAAAGCAAUUCAUUCUCAAUGCUAUUCCCAAAGGAUUUUGAUGAACAAGAAGCUGAUAUGUAUUCAUUCACAUCCUCCUCCUCUUCUUCUUCUUCUUCACCUGUUGAUUGCACUCUCUCUCUUGGAACUCCAUCGACUCGCAGCUGUGAGAGUGCUGAGAAGCGAGUCCACCACCAUGAUCGACUCAUACCCAGCUUUUGUUGGGACAUACUACAGUCGAAGAAGCACACUGCUUCGUCGCCGCCAACUCACAACAAGGCCAGCCGUGGAAGCGGCGGUGGUGAUUCGCUACUUGCUCGGCGCUGUGCUAACUGCGACACCACUUCUACUCCUCUCUGGAGGAACGGUCCAAGAGGCCCUAAGUCGCUUUGCAAUGCUUGUGGAAUUCGAUUCAAGAAGGAAGAAAGGAGAGCAACUGCAACUGCAGCCGCCGCCACCAUCACCACCACCACCGCUAGCGGCGGAGCUGCAUCAGCAAUAAUGGACUCUCAUCAACGCAUGCUAAACAACAGUUCAUGGGACCAACAUCAUCAUCAACAGUCCCAAAAAAUGCCAUGCUUCUCUCCGGCGAUCGGAAACGAAUUCAGAUUCAUCAACGCCGACAGUGAUCGCGACAUCGACACCAGCAUUCCGUUCCUUUCUUGGCACCGAAACAUCGCAGACAGCCCAAGCCUUGUUCAUGGCUUCACGAGAUAAACAUAUAAACAACAACAAGAUGAUGAUGAUCAAGAUUAGGAAGCUAAGCUAUUUUAAAUUUUUUUUUUUUUAACCGGUACUCUGAAAUUAACCACUGGAUAAAUUUUGAAUAGCCUCAAGAUUUCGAAUUUUUAGCGUUUGUGGGAUUUGACCCUACGAUCACUUGGAUGAUAAAUCAUUUUGGUUGCCUCUAUUCCAACUAAACCUACUUACUACUAUUAUACGACGCCGUUUGGCUUUAUGGUCUUCAACUUCUUCGAAUUCUUUAGUUUUGCUUUUGUUUUUGUUUUUUUGUUUUUUUUUAAAAGCUUGUCCCAGCUUACAUAGAUGGAGUGAAAA